AUGCACUCUCUACCAUCUUCCCCUCUCUCUCCAGUCAAUCUAAUGCUUACUUUCAUCAUCGACAAAGACAACAACCCCCGUUGGAUACUGCUCUUCCUCACUCAAGUAUUGGCUGAAGACUGGAGGACGAUUCUUGGCAUGCGCGCGGUGUGCAAAGACUGGUACUCCUUCAUCAGCCCACUUGCGUACGGACAUCUGCUCAUUUCUCCCGACGACGUUGAUGAAACUGCCGUCAUUGUCAAGCCCCUCACCAUGGCCUUACCACCGGCAUUGCGGCGCAUCAAGCCGGAUCAGUGGGUAAGCCAGCACCUCGGCUACAAGUUCACGGCUUUUACUUACGCCCUCUCAAUCGUCGGCUUCAUCCCUCCGACUUGCAGUCUUCCACUACUUCGGGAGGCAUUCCCGAAUCUGGAGCUGCUCCGCAUGAUGCCCGACAUCCCCGGCUUCACAUAUCUUCCGUACGUGCCGUUCAACUCGUGGACCCUUGCCCUCUUCCCAAGCCGCAGCCGUGGCAGCAACACUACCAACACCAUUGACGCCUCCAGUCGUCGCGUUGUCGUUCAACAGCCAACCUUCCGGCCGGGGCAUUAUGAUAUUGCGCAUCGUUGGACGGCUAGAAGGGAUAGGUUGUUGCCAGCCAACUUUCGUCGCUCGUUAGCUUCGAAUAUCGAACGGAUUGUCGUUCACUCCUGGAACCUCAACUGCCUUCCCGACUUGGAAGACAUGUACAAUCUUCCUAAAUCGCUGUUCAAGCACUUGAGGGAAAUUGUCUUCGCGGUGCCAAUGUACCACAAAUCAGGACUCACAAUUCUACCCUUUGUUCAUGCAUGGAGCUUGGAGAGGGCGGUGGGCAACCUGGCGCGAGUGCUCACUCUACCACAAGUCCAAUUCACCAUCGUCGGGCUGGAGGACAUCAAGGUCGAGUCGUGCGAGGACCAGUUCCGCGAGGCCCUCUUCAAGGCCCUGUGGACGCGGGAUCAAGCGGGUCAACACCGGCCGAAGCAGUCUUUCGAUGACAUUGCGCACCGCUAUGCCAAGGUUUCUGAGGUAAUGAGCCGGGUGAGAACUGUAACUUUGGAGGAAUACAUUGGUGAAACAGAGCGUUGGUUUAUCGCCGUGAGUGAGCUCGAAGGCAUGCUACCCCUCGAGAUCGAUUACACCGACGAGGGUGGCUUCGCAAAGGAUGUGCUCUGGGACGUGCGCAAGGAGUACCCUCAUCACACUGAAUUCCCCGAAACCGGCUGCUCCGCGGACAGGCUCUUUGAGUAUAUUGCUGAGAAUGGCCUUUUGUGA